AUGAUAACUAGAUUUCCAACUACAUACCAUUUGAGAACUCUUUACAAUGAGGAUAUAAGUGAUGAAAGAAAAGUGACUUAUUUCUCAGAUAUUAUGAGUACUGAUUCUAGUGAAGACGAAUUAUUAAGUAGCCCAACUUCUUAUUUAAAUGAUGAGAAUAACAAUUUAAAAGUUUUGAAACUAUCUUAUAGUUUAGGAGUAGAAUCAGUUAUUGAAGGUAAUAUAGGAGAUUCAGAUAUGGAACAUAAUUCAUCAAAACCAUUAUCUAAAAAUAAACAUAAAGAUAAGAAGACAAAGAAAUGA